GGAAUGACCAACCAGAGUCGGUGUCUGAGGGCAGGACGCCGCGGGAAUCAGCAUGGAGGCCUGCAGGAGAGCCGGACCUCUGGGGGAACCCACAGGAAAAGCCAGAAUUGGCACCUGAGAUGUUGGGAGCCCUCUGCCCGCAGGAAAGCAGAUCUGAGACUGAUGGCCAUCAGUAUGCCACCCUGGUCAAUGCUGACACAAGUGCAGAGGCCCAGGAUUUGGAACUUUCUAUAGAAGAAAUGCUGAUCCGACUAGAUGAGUUCUGCGCCAUGAUGGACAGGAUCAGAAGUGAAACAUCCCUCAUCCUAGACGACCGAAUUCCAGCGAUUAAACUCCGAGUGGAGGAAAUGAACAAGAUCUACUGUCAGGUGGAGAAACUGGAGUCAUUUGUGAAGAUGGUUAGACAUCAUGUAUCUUACCUGGAGGAGGAUCUGAUCCGAGCAGAGUCGGAUAACAUGUCCUUCCCACGUGCCAUCAGCCGGGUCCUGGCAGGAGCUAUUCUCCCGGUGUUCCGACAGAGAAAUUCCAAACCACGUAGCGCCUACGAGUUACCAGAACUGUACAGAACAGAAGACUACUUUCCUGCAAGUAUCAGAAAAACAUGAACUGACUCCUAGUGAGCACAUGAACUGUAAAUCUGCUCCAUGGACAGUGAGUAAUAAGCGGGUACCUUGGCAGUGGUCGGAUAUGGGGCUGCUCACUUUGAUGAGAUUGUGCACUCACUGCUCAACUAUAUUUAUUAUGCCUGCACAUUGUUUAUUAAAGUGAUUUUUAGAAACAAAAUCUGUUGUGUUUCUCAAAAAUUAUUUGCCUCAUUUACAUACGGUUACGGCACACUACGCCAAACACCACCUUUCACCACUCACCCCUUGGCUAUGUCUAUAUGCCCGCUUCCCUGUGGGUUUAUAUAGAAGGC